GGGGGUUAGUCACGGAGCAGCAGCAGGUGCUGGGGCUGUGGUGGUUGCCGGGGCCUCAGAAGCGGGGCGCUGCGGGAGCGCACCACGGGGCAGCGGGCGAGGGGGGCACGGCCUUUUGCAGUAAAGUCAGUUCCUGGGGGUCGGGAUGGGUGGGUGGGUCUUGCCAACCCUCCCAAGCGGUCUCUGCCGCUAAUGUCGUUUGUGGGCCGCUGCGCAGGAGCCCCUGCGGAUGUAGUUCACGUACCACCGUCUUCAGCAGGAAAGAGGCUAAUCCCAUCGCGCCACUUAGCGGGCCUGCCGCCAGCAGGUGAGGCGGUGGAGGUGGUGCCGCCGCGGGCUGUGCCCCUGUCCGGCUGCCCGCGCCGGCCGCAGGAUGUCCGUAACGGAUCAAGCCUUUGUGACCCUUGCUACCAAUGAUGUGUAUUGUCAAGGUGCUCUGGUUCUUGGACAGUCACUGAGGAACCAUAGAACAUCUAGAAAAUUGGCAGUACUAGUUACACCAGAGGUUUCCAGUGGGUUGAGAUCUGUCCUCCGCAACGUAUUUGACGAAGUAAUCGAGGUGAAUGUGCUUGAUAGUGCUGAUUCAGUCCAUUUGGCUCUGAUGCAGAGGCCAGAACUGGGUGUUACCUUCACUAAGCUUCACUGUUGGACUCUUACUCAUUAUAGCAAAUGUGUCUUCAUGGAUGCAGACACUUUGGUGCUUUGCAAUGUUGAUGAAUUGUUUGAUCGAGAAGAGUUUUCAGCAGCUCCUGACUCUGGCUGGCCUGACUGCUUUAAUAGUGGUGUAUUUGUGUUCCGACCUUCUCUGAAAACUUACAACCUACUGCUCCAGUUUGCAGCUGAACACGGCAGCUUUGAUGGGGGUGAUCAAGGCUUGUUGAAUGGCUUCUUCAGCAACUGGGCAACAGCAGAUAUUGGCAAACACUUACCUUUCCUCUACAACUUAAGCAGCAGUGCUGUAUACACCUAUGGUCCUGCUUUCAAUCAUUUUGGUAGAGAUGCCAAAGUUGUUCAUUUCCUGGGAGCAAGAAAGCCCUGGAACCACAAAUACGACCUUCAAACAAAGAAAGUUAUGCAGGAUGGCACCACUGAUGGAUCUUUACAUCAACUGUCAUUUCUCUCCCUCUGGUGGAAUAUAUACAGUGCCAGUAUACUGCCUUUGUUAGAAAAACUUCAAAAGAUGGAAGAAUCAGAAUCUGAGGAAUGCAAGCACACUUUCAAUGGAGUUGAAAUUACUCUGAAAAAGGUCAGCCCUUGUGUGGCAAAUUCACUGCAAAUGCCUGUGCUUCCAGAGCAGAUAUGCGAAGUAAACUCUGUGGUGUGCUCACCUGAGGAACUAGCUUUCAAAGCUCAACCUGUAUGUGAAGUUGAACAAAGCGGUUUUAACGUCCAUCCCUCUGAGCCUGACAGACCUUCAGAACAACUUGUCUUUCGUCCUGCAUUUCAGGAAACCUCAGGACUGAACAAAGUCGCACAUUCCAUUUCAGAGCUGUCUAUUCACUUCAAACCACAAGAACCAAUUCCAGAAGAUGAACGGAAGAAAUGGGAGGAAGGCCGAAUAGACUAUAUGGGGAAAGAUGCUUUUGAACAUAUCAAAAAGAAAUUGGAUUCAUUUUUACAUUAAGAUGGAGUGUACUGUAAUGGCCAUCACAAUCCAUGUUUCUUUCUUAAAUGCAAUCCUUGAAUACAUGGCUAUUUUCAUAGUUCAUUUGACACCAGAUUUAGAGGUAGAUAUGGAUCCUCAUAUAUUCUGGCGUAAGAUUAACAGAUACAGACUCUUUUUUUAACUCUUAAGUGUGCCUCAUCUUUAUUGUUAUGUGUGUGUCAUUGUCAUUGUUCUCUUGCAGUGCCUUCUGAAGUAUGAUGAACAGUACCAUCUGACCUUGAGCUCUCACAUUUAUCAUUCUUCCCUGGUCCUCCCCAUAGCAUUCUGCAAAAGCAGUCAUGAGUGUGAAAUGUUGGAAGUUGAGAUUAUUUCCCAAAUUGAGAUUAUUUCAAAAGUACUUUUAGAAGAAACUAUAAAACUAUUCUAAUGAAAGCUUUGUUCUUGAAACCAAGUUGACACUUUCAAGGGCAGCCAUAGCGUAGCCUUCAGCAUGAAAAAGUGAGGAGAUGAAAUCCUGACCUCAUGGGGUCUGCAGCAAAACUUUUUAAUUUAAGUAUAUUUAGGAUUAGAGGAAAUUCAGACUUCAUCUGAGAUCUCUAGUAGAUGUUCUUCCUAUUUACAGGAAACUGUUCAGCUUCAUCAUCAGUGUGACCUAUCUUAAGAUAUACUGGUAAUGUGUGUUAACCUUUUAUAUUGUUGCUAUAGGAUAACGUUUUUUUUUAUAAAUAUUGUUAGUUUUACUUGCGAAUUCAGUGUUGUGUAGUCAGAGGAAGAACUGCUGACACUAUGGUGUAAACCUUCUGGCAUUUUAUGUCAGUUAGUUUACAGUACUUCAAACUGCAGCUGACAAGGGCAUUCUUCUCCUUUAGCAUGGUUGCCCCUUAUUACAGGCAAUUUGAGUGCCACUGAAAGCACAAUUGACACCUGUUUUAGUAAACAGGUCCUUUAAUCAGAUCUUUUAAACAAUAGCUGUGUGUAGGAACUAAUAAAUCUGAGUGUAGUUCCAGAAAAAUUUACUCAUGAGACUCCAUUGUAUUAAGGACACUCACGGGAGAUUGCUUGGUGAAUUUGGGUAUUGAAUUUGACUAAUAUUUGCAAGUGUGUCGUAACAAACAAGGAAAAAAAGAACACUUUGAAAGAAAGGAGCUUGACAGACCUGCCAAUGUAAUAACAGAUUUGACACAGUUAUUCAUAACGCCACUCAAUAUUAGAAUAAGAAUAAUGUCUUCAGUGCUGAUGCAGGGCUCAAAACACAUUUCAGUCUUAAUAUAUCACCAGUUUUGGUGUACAGGUAAACCUAAUGAAAUAACUUUGGAAAUCUGUUCAAAAAACAAUGAUGUAAUGUUAUGCAUCAGAGGGAUUGCCAUAGAUGCUAAUGGAGAAAUGGGAAGGGUAGGAGGGAAGGAAUUUUUGUUUCUUUUUUCUCCAUCAAAAAAGGGGUGGGGGAAAGAACUUGCACAAAUUAGGAAAGGAAGAAAGUCAAAAUGUCCCUUAAAGGAAGAAAAAUGAUCUUUGAGUAUUUUAGAAUUACUUCAAAAUAGUGGAUUUGCUUUUACUUUUGUGGGAUAUUUCUGAUUUUUAUCUAGUUCUUUCUCAUUUGUUCUAAGCACUCUUAAAGUGGGGCAUCUCUUUGAUGCAUCUGCUGAAUUCAAGCUGAAUUCAAGCUUCUAGUUCAAGUGAGAUGUUUAGGGUCUCUGGAGUCAAAGAGAGAGAUGUCCAGAAGAUGGUUCUUCUCAAUUUCUCCAUUGAUCAUACAGGGACUCUCAGCAUCCCACCUCUCCUAGGUAGGUAACCUUUGUGUGAUAACACAAGUAGGUGUUACACCUCUUGUGUGUGGCCCAGUGCAGCACCAUGUGGAGAUUAUAGCAGCUGCAGGUACUCCUGCUCAUGUAGCAUUUCAUCUGCCAAGUAUCCCUGUUCCUUAGUGAAUUUGUGCACUUCUGAGAAAGUUCUGUUGUAUAAGCAUUAUUGCUAUUAUAAUCCAAACAGUUUGAAGACUGUGUAAAACUGUAGUCAACAAUAUGAACUCGUGCAUCAUGCAGCUGUACUUUCUACAGUAACUAUGAGAUCUUACAGGACACAUUAAUUAGAUUAUGGGAGAAAAAUAAUCGUAGCUGAAAUGUUUGAAAAUAGGCCUAUGAAUGUAGUAAAAGGAGCUGUCAUGGAAUACAUUUGAAAAUGUUAAUAUAUAAAAUGGUACUGUGAGUGAAUUAUACAAUGUUCUGUAAAGAAUUGUAGUACACUAAUGUCAUGGAAAUAAAUAGAAAUGGAAAGGA